UGAGGUCGACAUGCUGAUGUCUAGACCUCCGGAAAAGCUCACCAGGCCGACGUCGGCUCGCGGGGCGGGUCAGCCCUUUAGACUCAGUGGCAGUCAGUUCGCCAAGCAUGGAUUGUUAUCGGCGGCCAACGAUUUCACUCUGCAAGAAGACCCGGCCGAGUCACCGAAGCGUAGUGGUAGUGUCGCGGAGAUGAUGCAGAGCGGGCCAUCCCUCUUGCAUCCCACUCAAGGUGAUAAAGGCCAUCAACGGACUAGGUCGAACUCCGAACCGCAUCUCUAUCUUCCACAGUUCCACAGCCCCCGGUUUGAGCGCACGGAAGUGGGCAAUGGGCCUUUGAUUGAGGUUUCCAAUCCUGUCGAAGCGGCUGUCUUGUCGGCGUCGGAGCAUAUGCCUGGAGAAUCGAAGCAAUCCCAACAUCAGAAGGAGGAAUCUGUCGCCCCCGAAACACCCGAUCCUGCGGGCCUUAAGCGCGCUUCUGUAGCUUCUACUCAAUCAAUUGCUCCGGCUCCGGUCACCGACAUCAGUGCCAGCCAAAACAGUAGUUCACGACAGGCCGCCAGGCCUCCGCAAGAGUUGUAUGAUGGCUCGUUGCCAGCGCUCUCACAUGGCGGCAACGCAUCAGUUACGGAUGAGGACGAAAUAAAGUCACCAUCCCGCAGCAUCGAUGAGCAAAGCGUCGAAGUAGGAACGCCCGAGCGACGGUACUCUCAAGAGUAUUAUCCUGACUCCUCCCCAGAAUCAAGCUUUGGCGGGAGCUUUGAGGAUUCUCCAUCACUACGCCAACUUCCAAAGAAACUCCGUGGGAGAGCACCGCCUUCAUCUUUGAAUUCGACCAUGCCAAAGCGUCGAGCUGCCAUGGACCGAUCUCGCCUUAUAUCUGCGGGAGAUUAUUUGGCAAACUUCGACGAUUACACUGUCUUUGACAGCUCGGAUUCCCCGGCAACGCUCUCUGGUGGCCUCGGUGUUCCUAAAAGCAACAAGAACCGGCGGGUAUCCAGCGCAACCGAAGACUUAGAGAAACAGAUUCGUCGGAUCAUCACCUCCGUGCACGCUCCGAUUCGCCUUACUUCCGGCCAUGAUUCCUCCGACUCAUCGCCAAUAAAUUACAAACCGAAUCGUAAUGUCUCCGGCUCCCGUCCUCCUUCUUCACUAAGGGUUUCUCGCACACCAAAUGCUGCUUCCAUGACCAUGUCUCCCGUUAAGCCUGAAAACGAGAGAUCGGUCAGCGCCCGUAGGUCUGUAUCUCAUGGAGAUUCUGGCAUCAAGCUCUACCACCUCAUGCAACCAGGCAGAGAUAAGCCUAUCAAGCUUUUCGUUCGCAGGGUUGGUGAGAAUGGCGAGAGAGUCAUGGUUCGUGUUGGAGGCGGUUGGGCUGAUCUGGGAGAGUAUCUGAGGCAAUACGUUGAGCACCAUGGGAAACGGGUGGUCUCAGACGGCAAGUUUGAAGUCCUGGGUAUCGAAGAAAACCAAGAAUGGAACGCAGCCCGGCCUACAAGCUCCCACAGCUCUGAUAGCGUCAAGGGAGGCCGUCCGGGUGGGUUGCCACCGGCCCCGACGUCGAACGGCAGUACGCCUGGAAUGUCCCCCACGAAAUCUUCGAACAGCGUGUCUCGCCCAGGUAGCGCCAUGACAACAUACACUCCUAACGGAAUGGAAGACAUACCGGAGAUCGGCGCAUCGGGAACUUCACAGAGGUCUUGGCAAGGUUCAGAGGUUGGCCUUGCGGGUCCAAACACGAAGAAGCUGGAACUGUCCGAGGAGAAACUGGAGUGGAUCGAAGGUAUGAUGGAACAAGCCAAGAGGUUGGGUACAAAGGGUGCCAACAGGAAGGUCCUCAUGAAACACUAGCGGAGUGCAAGUGUUACUGGACGGAUUUCUUUUUUCUUUUUUACUUUUCAUGUGCGGGGCGUUCACCGGAUGGAUGGGCAAGCAGUGAUAUCCCAAUGGCCUAAGGCACAUUGACCCGGGAGGGUUGGCAUCCUGGUGGGUGAGGAUCGGAUGGACGGGACGACAAUGACGAUUCGGACUCAGCGGGAUCUGGGCCCUAGUCGUGAGGAAGACGGGUUCCUUUGUAGACAAUACAAUACAGACAGUAUAGAUGGUUACCAGACGUCCUAUUCGUGCGAUGUGGCUUUGUGCAUGGUGUUGUGGCUGGCGGUGCCACGGUGCCUAGGAGGGGUUACUUUGGGGUACGUAGUGCGGCUUGACGCACGGACAAACGUUAGUUCC